GCCCGGUGUUUGGCCUGUCAUCAUCAGCAGUUGCAAUCGAUUCAGCAAUCCAAGCAAACCCCCAAAAACCAAACCUCCAAAAAUGUUCAAAUUCGUCGCCUUCCUCGCAUGCCUGGCUGUGGCCGCCGCUGCUCCUGGUCUGAUUGCCGAGACCCACUCGAUUGUCCAGCCAGCUAUUCUGGCCAAGACCGCCUACGUGGACACCAGCGCCUCCUCGGCCAUCACCCACCAGAGCAACGUGAACUUGGUGCGCAAAGUUCCAGUGGUCUACUCCGCCCCCGUGGUUCAUGCCGCCCCUGUGGUCCAUGCUGCCCCAGUCGUUCAUGCUGCUCCCGUGGUUCAUGCCGCUCCUCUGGUCAAGACUGUGAUCCCAGCUGCUCCUCUGGUCAAGACUGUCAUCCCUGCCGCUCCCCUCAUCAAGACUGUGGUGCCUGCUGCUCCCCUGGUCCACACUGUGAUCCCAGCUGCUCCUCUGGUCAAGACCGUGAUCCCAGCUGCCCCUCUGGUCCACACCGUGCACAGCGCCCCAGUGGUCUACUCCGCCUACCACAAGUAAAUCGAUUGAAAGCGUGCUGAUAUGGUUAUCAAAUAAUUGUUAAAUGAAAAAGUCACAACGAAUAAAAAAACAUUGAAAUGGAAAA